GUAGCAAGUUCUAUCUACUGUCUUCCUUUCUCCAUUUUAAUCACACAUGAAAGCAACAAGGUGCAAGACUGCUGCCAGAACGCUGAGUUUCCCAGAGGGCUUUUGCUAAUACUGGGACGUUUCAAUGAGGGUAAAUAUUUCCAAAGAAGUGUCCCUUUCAUCUCACUUUGCCUCUAAUGGGAGUGCAGCUGUGCUGCUGCUGCAGAGCAUUAGUGCAACAGACAAUUGCACAGAACCCAGAAAAGAGUUCCAGCAUUCCCUUUAUGCAGCGACAUACACCAUCAUCUUCAUCCCAGGCCUCCUGACCAACAGCAUGGCCCUGUGGAUUUUAUGCCGCUUCAUCAGCAAGCAAAACAAAAACAUCAUCUUCAUGGUUAAUUUGGCCACUGCUGACCUCAUUCAAGUCCUUUCCUUGCCUCUGCGGAUAUAUUAUUACAUCAACUACAAGUGGCCAUUUGGAACCUUCCUCUGCCAGCUCUGCUUCUAUCUGAAGUAUCUUAACAUGUAUGCCAGCAUUUGCUUCCUUACUUGCAUCAGCGUUCAAAGGUACCUCUUCCUUCUCCAUCCAUUCAGGGCCAAAGGGUGGAAACGGAGGUACAACGUGGCCAUAUGUGUUGCUGUGUGGAUCUUUGUUGGAGCUGCUUGCUUGCCGUUUCCAUUGAUGAGAAGUUCAAACAGCAAUGAUACUUGCUUUACCGACCUUGGCAUCAAGAAAAUAGGCAGCCAUGUCAGCUCAGUCCUGUUGAUGCUGGUGGCUGAAAUUGUUGGGUUUUUGACCCCUCUCGUCACCAUUGUCUACUGCACUUGGAAGACAAAAGCCUCCCUCCAAGAAUGCCAUAUCCCUCUGCAAAACACUACCGAGAAGCAGAAGGCACUCCGAAUGGUUGCUACGUGUGCAAUUGUCUUCUUUGUGUGUUUCACGCCAUAUCACAUUGUGUUUUUCUUCUAUAUGAUGGUGAAAGAGGACAUUAUCAGAGACUGCACCGCACACUGGUUUAUCCUGCACCUGCAUCCUUUCUGCUUAAGCCUUGCAAGUCUUAACUGCUGCUUAGAUCCAGUCCUAUAUUUCUUCACAACAUCAGAAUUCAAGGGUCAGGUGUCAAGACACAGCAGCUUGGCCAUCAGGAGUCGUCUGAUGAGCAGAGAAAGUGCUUCUUCUGUUAAGGAAUAAAGUAAGUUGGA